AUGUUGGUGAUACUCGAAAAUUGUACCAAAUCAUCCGCCGAGUUAGUGGUAAACCCCAGCACUCUGUAUGCUGUUCGCGAUGUAAAUGGCGGUUUCAUUGCUUACAACUCGGCCAAGGUCGACCGCUGGAAUGAACGCUUCCAGCACCUCCUCAACUUUUGUGAGCAACCCAGCACACCCUCCCUCUUCUCAACAGCGGAGUUUCAACCUUCUCCAGCCUACGCAGUGUCGUGUGACCUACCUUCCGGAGAUGAAGUUGCCGAUGCAAUGCAAAGGCUGUGA